AUGGGUCGCAAGAAAAUUCAGAUAAAGCCAAUCAAAGACGAACGAAACAGACAGGUGACCUUUUUGAAGCGCAAGUAUGGCCUCAUGAAGAAGGCUUACGAGCUCAGCGUAUUGUGUGAUUGUGAGAUUGCUUUAAUUAUCUUUAACUCGAAUAACAAACUUGUACAAUAUGCGAGUACUGAUAUUGACAAGAUAUUGUUAAAGUACACCGAGUAUAGUGAACCUCAUGAAAGUAAAGGCAACCAUGACUUUGCCAACACAACAACAGAUCAUGAUGACGAUGACAACCCACCACCAGGAUUUGAUACCGGAAAUGAUGUUAAGGCCUAUGCACAGCCUCAGGUGCAAAAUUAUUCCAUGAAUAAUUACACCCUUUACGCACCACCUUCGCAACAACAGUACAUGCCCCAAGCAUAUUAUACACCGGUGACUCAAGUCACGCAGGCUAUGCAUUCAGUAUCUGCAAUGUCUCUCCCAAUGACUUCGGUUCCGAUGCAGGUACCUCAAUCUGCCCCUCCAAUGAACAAUAUUCCUACGUCCAUGCCAACUCCUCAACAACAGCAAAUUCCGAUAUCUACAACCAAUGUUACCAUGUCACUUGGUUCUCCAGCUCAGAUCGAGACUUCUGCUACUGCAGAUCUAGUGUCAUCACCUCUCAUAUCACCUUCUCCAAAAAAGCCAAAACUUCGCGUUCAUAUUCCGGACGCCAAAGAUAAACCGUCUGGUCAAGCGGGUCAACAAUCUCAACCUUCCCAACAACAAGACCAGUCUCCAGAACAGGACGAGACACCAUCAGAUUCACAACAGCCAACGGUAACGCAACCCAUGGCGUCGAAUCGUCCGACCCCCGCAACUGCCGACACGGGUCCUGCCUCGGCAUUACCGCCGUCACAAUUUGCGCAGAAUUUGCCGUCGCCUUCGACCUUCUUUUCCGAAUUUUAUAAAACGACCGAAUUACCAAGUCCUCUUACAUUUGGUAACACACCCACGAGUGCUCAGCCUGGUGCUUUUCAUUGGCCGCCACGAAAUAAUUAUCAACAUCAGCCUUCACCAUUAGCAAAGCAUGAAAAUAGUUCAUCAAAAUCACGUCCCGCACCUUCCGAUCAUAAUGAUGAGUGUGAAGAACCGGAAAAGAAGAAGACGAAAAAUUAA